AUGGCCACGCACGCCGAACUCGACGUGUCCAGACACACAAAAUACUUUCUCCGAACACUCAAAACAUACCUGCCGACGGCAUACCAGAGUAAUGAUAGCAACCGCAUGAGCCUGGCCUUCUUCACCCUCUCUGGUCUGGAUUUGCUAGGCACUUUGGAAACAAACACGACCGAAGAACAACGAAAGGACUACAUCGACUGGAUUUACUCGAAUCAACAUGAAAAAGGAGGAUUCCGCGCUUUCCCUGGCACAGACUUCGGUGACCAGAAGACAAAGGACAAUGAAUGCUGGGAUCCUGCGAAUCUGCCUGCCACCUUCUUCGCACUGUGCUCGUUGCUCAUCCUCAACGACGACUUGAGUCGUGUGAAUCGAAAAGAGGCUCUACGAUGGCUCACUCAACUACAACGACCCGAUGGCAGUUUUGGAGAAACACUCGUCAAUGGAACAAUCAACGGAGGUACAGAUUCAAGAUUUGGAUACUGCGCGACUGGAGUACGCUAUGUGCUACGAGGAACGGUUGAGGGAGAAAUAGAAGGAACACCAGCAGACAUAGAAGUCGACAACUUUGUCACCUGCAUCCGUAGUGCUGAGACCUACGACGGUGGCAUCUCGGAUGCUCCAUACCAUGAAGCACACGCCGGCUUCACCUACUGCGCCGUAGGUGCCCUUUCAAACAUAAAACGCCUCCCCUCUCCACCAUACACACCUCUCCCUACAUCAUCGUCACCGAACGACUCCCUUACGAACCCCAGCCUGCUCAUAAAGUGGCUCGUCUCCCGACAAACGGCCACCAUAUCAGAAGAAGACGACCUAGACACGUACGGCGAUGAAACAGACACGGCUGAAACCUGCCACGACGCACACAGCUUCGUCUACCAAGACAAGUUCGUGUCCAAACGCGGAGAAAUAAACUACCAAGGCCGUCCGACGAUCAACUUUGCUCUCGAUUGGACGGGCUUCAACGGAAGGUGUAAUAAGAUUGCAGAUACAUGUUAUGCCUUCUGGGUCCAUGGUUCUCUUUCUAUCCUCAACCAAUCACACCUUCCCCAAACGGCAUCAGUACGUCGCUGGCUCCUCGAACGCACCGUCCAUCUGACUCUUGGCGGCUUCGGUAAAAUUGCUGGAGACCUUCCUGAUCUCUACCACUCAUAUCUCGGUCUUGCCGCUCUAUCAUUGCUAGGAGAGAAGAAGUUAAAGAAGCUGGAUCCGAGUCUGUGCAUGAGUGUCGAAGCCAAAGGACGGCUGCAAAACAUCUGGAAGAGAUGGGGUCUGACCGAACAGGUCGUGUGA